AAAAAAACCCAGAUUUCUUCUUCUUCUUCAACUUGAAUCUGCUCUACUUUUGGUCGAUUUCUGGAUAUUUUAUGCUAUCUUGUUUCUUCAUUCUUCUGUUCGUCUUCUUACUGGAAAUUCACAUGCUUCAUUUCUCUGUCACAGGCUUCGGGAAUUGGCUUUUGAUGAAAUAUACAGUCGAAGGCAUUUGACAGCUCUUUCAUUUUCGAAGCAAAAAAACAGAGGACCGCAUCUUCCUCUACGUCUUAACAUGCUAGCUGCUGCGCAGAUUCGUCCAGUCAUUCACAUUUAUCACAGAGGUAGCUCUACUAAUUUCAAUUCCGCUGCAAAAUUUACAAAUUUCCGCUUCAAGCACCUCCUUCCAAAGAAGAUCGCUCCCAUUAAAAAAAACAACCGUUUUAUACUGAACACAUACGACGGCCAUUUAAGUGCGUCCGUCUCUGAAGAAGAAGAAGAAGAAGAAGAAGAAGAAGAAGAAGAAGAAGAAGAAGAAGAAGCAAGUGAAAAAUCCUACGUCGUAAAUUACGAACCGAACACAUUCCUAACUAACUGGUCGCCUCCAAGGUACCUAUGGAGAGGACUAUCAGUCCUUAUCCUGGCAGGACAGGUAAUUAUCCGAACAAUCAAGGGCAAAAUCCACUGGAAAAACACCCUCCAGCAGCUCAGGAGAGUGGGCCCCAAAUCGCUCGGCGUUUGUCUCUUAACAUCAGCUUUUGUAGGCAUGGCAUUCACAAUCCAAUUCGUGAGGGAAUUUACGAGAUUAGGCCUCAACAGAUCAGUAGGUGGGGUCCUCGCCCUAGCCUUUGCAAGAGAACUAAGUCCCGUUGUGACAUCGAUUGUAGUUGCGGGCCGCCUCGGAAGUGCCUUUGCAGCCGAGCUAGGCACAAUGCAAGUGUCGGAACAAACCGACACUUUGAGGGUACUCGGAACUGAUCCGGUGGAUUAUUUAAUCACACCGAGGGUGAUAGCUUCGUGCAUUGCACUCCCGUUUUUGACCUUGAUGUGUUUUACGGUUGGGUUGGCUUCUAGUGCUUUGCUUUCGGACAGUGUUUAUGGGAUUAGCAUUAAUAUAAUAUUGGAUUCUGCUCGGAGAGCUCUGAAUUCGUGGGAUAUAAUCAGUGCCAUGAUAAAGUCGGGGGUGUUUGGGGCUAUAAUAUCUGUUGUGAGCUGUGCUUGGGGGGUGACGACUUUGGGGGGUGCUAAGGGGGUCGGUGAAUCGACUACAUCGGCUGUGGUUGUGUCUCUUGUCGGGAUUUUUAUUGCCGAUUUUGCCCUCUCGUGUUGCUUUUUCCAGGGUGCGGGUGAUUCGUUGAAGAAUUGUAUGUGACGUUCUUUGGAGGUUAGUUACAUUGUACCAGCAUCCUUGGUAAUAUAAGUUUUCAAUUUGAGAACUAGAUUUCAAUGUGUCUGAAUUAUUUCAUCUCGAUUCAUAUUUAUUGAUUUUGUUCUGUUCAGCCCCGGUAUAUAGCUUAUUUCGUUUUCGUUCUGUAGAAGCUUAUGUGAAAGUAAGCUUAUAACUUUUCUUUCUUCAGAAUUUAUAAUCUCAUUUCCAGGGAAAGUAAGUUUUUGAU